GGUAAAAAGGCUUCAGAGCCUUUUCAUUCUCCGUACGCUUUUCGGCGACUUUAGUCGUUCACGAACAGGCAAUGAAGCCGGAAGCUACCGUACCCGAGUCGUCGUUCGUGAAAUUUCGCGAUCCGGCCCUCGAAAGCCUUUAUCAGACUUAUAACCUUAAACAAAAACGCGCUUCGACGGAAUGCUUCCUAUUCGCGUGUGCCGUGUACGAUCUGUACGCCUUGAUCAGCGAGGAUCAUCUGCAUCUGCAGAUGAUCGCUUUUUUCGUGAUCGAUUGCUUGUUGUGGACUUGGUGCAAAUGGAGUCCGAAACCGUGCUGGAAAUUGGUGCCCGUGGUGGCCGCUCAAAUACCCGGCAUACAGAUCGUGUGUCGGCUAAUGUUCAACGAUCUAGUGAUCUACGGUAACAACGAUCUCGGAUGGGCCAUACUGUUCGCUUUUUUACUAUUCGUCACCUUACCCUUAUCGUUAUUUUGGAGUGUGAUAUUUAGUUUAUCGUUUUGCGCCGAAUAUCUCACCGUUAUAUCGUAUUUAGCCAUGCGUACCAAUACCAGCCACCUUUAUAAUAAAAUCGCAGCCAAUUUUGUAUCUUUACUAACAGCCAACAUGCUAGGACUGUUUGCUUUCUUUUUGUUCGAUAAACAACAAAGAACGGCUUUCUUAGAAACACGUCAAAGUUUGAAAAUGAAACUAUCGAUCGAAGAGCAGUCUGCGGAACAGGAACGACUGCUGUUAUCCGUAUUACCGGGACAUGUUGCCGUAAAAAUGAGACAAGAUUUGGGUUCAGCUUUAGACACGCAAUUCAAAAAGAUAUACAUGAGUAGGCACGAAAACGUAAGCAUAUUGUACGCUGACAUUGUCGGUUUCACCGCAAUAUCUUCGACGUAUUCGGCCUCCGAAUUGGUAAAAAUACUCAACGAAUUAUUCGCUAGAUUUGACAGAUUAUCUGAGAGAUACCAUCAAUUGAGGAUAAAAAUUCUGGGCGAUUGUUACUAUUGUAUCAGUGGAGCACCUAGAGAACGACCCGAUCACGCUAUUCUCUCCGUUCAUAUGGGAUUAUCGAUGGUCGACGCUAUCAAAUACGUUCAACAAACCACAAAUUCACCGGUAGACAUGAGAGUGGGAAUACAUACAGGCGCUGUGCUAGCGGGCGUUUUAGGCCAACGGCAGUGGCAGUUCGAUGUGUAUUCCAAAGACGUAGAACUAGCUAAUAAAAUGGAAAGCAGCGGUCUACCAGGCCGAGUUCAUAUAUCGGAAAAAACCUACAGCUAUUUGAACGACGAAUUCGAGGUCGAGCCGGGAUACGGAGAGAAACGCGAAGAAGCUCUCAGAUUAGCCGGAAUAAAAACAUUUUUUAUCGUCAAAGCUCUAAAACCGUUCAAAGGAGCUCAAGAUGAAAUACAAAAUGGGAAUAUCGUCGACAACAGUCGAGAGAGUUCCGUAAUAAAUAUAAACGACGAUAUGCUCGAUGAUUCCAAGUGUCCGCCGAAGAAAAGAUCUCGAGAGGAUUCCGAUGGUUUCAAAUUAAGGCUCAAAAAAGAAUUAAUGAAUAGAGACGGAUACAAAGAGCUGAGCAAGCACACUUCCAUGUUCACGUUAUUGUUCAAAAAUUCCGCAAAAGAACGCGAAUAUAAUUACCAUAAUGAAAAUUUAACCAGCGUAUCGUUGAUCGGAUGUCCUAUAGCACUAUUGUUUACAUCAAUCGCACAAGCUACCGUAUUACCGAGGAACAUUCUCAGUAUAUGUUCAUUCGGUGUCGGAUUCUUUCUAAUUGUUAUUUUUGUGAUACUUUCCAUAGCGGAAUUGUUUCCAAGAACUUUUCCCGAACUUGUCGUAUGGUAUAGCACGAUUAUCAAUAAUUCGUCCGAUAUCAGGCGACUAAUUGCUGUGAUUAUUGUAUUUCUACUCACGGUAGCAAGUAUCGUUGACUUGAUUCCUUGCGAAACCGAAGCGAUUAUUACAUCAGAUACCGCAAAUCAAACCAUGAUUGAUGAUAUCGACAAAAUGUGCUUAUAUCCAUCUUACUUCACCCACUUCUGUGUAUUGAUUCUGAUAGCUGUGACAUUAAUCGCACAUUUAUCACACAUAGUAAAAGCUUCGCUGCUACUUGUAAUAGCUGCGAGCCACUGUAUUGUCACCAUGUUCCUCAUCCGAGAAUGCAUUAUUUUUGAACAAUUUCGUUCGCCAUCCUAUGAGAGCUGGCAUAAACCAGCUACCUUUGAGUUAUCACUGUUACUUCUGGGUGUCAGUAAUUCCUUAGCAUUUCUAGGACGACAUAUGGAAAAGGCAUCUAGAGUAUUGUUUUUAUGGAGAACAGAAGUAGAAGAGCAACGUGAGAAAGCUUCAGAUAUAGGAAGACGAAACGAAGCACUUGUUUAUAAUAUUCUACCUAAACACGUAGCUAUUCAUUUCAUGCAAUGCAAACGUCAGCAUGAAGAACUGUACAGUCAAAGUUACGCCGAAGUUGGCGUAUUAUUUGCUUCCAUGCCUAAUUUUUCGGAUUUUUACUCCGAAGAAACUGUAAAUAACCAAGGAUUAGAAUGCUUAAGAUUUCUAAACGAAGUUAUUUCUGAUUUUGAUGCUCUUCUCGAGUAUCCUCAAUUUCAAGAUAACAUAAUAAAAAUCAAGACAAUCGGUUCAACGUAUAUGGCUGCUAGUGGUUUAAAUCCAUCUCGUAUAGUUCGACCGGACGAUCCAAUCGAAAUAAGAUGGGCUCAUUUAGCACUGCUGGUAGAAUUUGCAUUAGAGCUGAAAAAGGCAUUACAAAGCAUCAACGAGCAAAGUUUCAACCAUUUCGUUUUAAAAAUGGGAAUUAAUCACGGCCCAAUCACCGCAGGCGUGAUCGGAGCACGCAAACCACACUACGAUAUUUGGGGUAAUUCGGUGAACGUAGCUUCAAGAAUGGAAAGCACAGGAAAAGCAGGAUGCAUUCAGGUGACCGAAGAAACGUGCACCAUACUUCAGCAUUUCGGAUAUAAAUUCGAACAAAGAGGUUUAGUGGCUGUGAAAGGAAAAGGCCAAUUAAUGACGUAUUAUUUGAUCGGUAAAGGCUGCCCGCAUCCGAUACCACCCCCUUUAAUGGAAACCGUUCGAGAAGAAGAAGAGGAAGACGACGACGACGAUCAAAAUAACAACGAAACUCGUAACACCGAACAGGACGCUUUACUUUCCAAAGAAGAGGAAGAACAAAAUAAAUAAAACCAGUCGUAAAGAUGGUUCAAAUGUGAUUAUCGUGCAUUUUUUAAACUUACUUUUUCUAUAGCUAUACGAGAAAAUUCGAGUAAAUUCUUCGAAAAGGUCGUAUUUCUGAGUAAAGAUUGACGUAUAAGAGUCAUUAACGUGUAUUCCGCGACUAUUUAAUUAAUUUAUAUGGUGCGAAUGAAUAUUUGAUGUUGGAUGGAACAGAAAAACUGCUCGAGGAGCAGCUAAAUCGCAAUUUCGCUACUUAUCUGUACAAGUUGGUUAAUUAAUUUUUGUUACGAGUUGACUGAGAAUGGGAACAUUGCUAUCGUUAUUGUUAUUUUACCUACCUAAAUCGUUUUGUUAAAUAAUUUUAAUGAUUUUUUUGCAUAUUUCAAAUGUUUCGUUUGAUUAAGUUAGAUUUGUGGUUUUUUGAAUUUUAUUAAAGUAAUGCAACUCUUGCGAUACCUACUUAUAUCUUAUCAUACUGUUUUUUUUUUCAUGUUUUUUUUUUGGGUGAAAAAACAGAGCAAUACUUACUAUGAGGUAAGAUUGACAUUUUGAGGAUAGGAAUUUAUAUUAAUUUUUUUGAUUACCUCUUUGAACCGUUGAAAAACAAAAGUAAGUAGAUUAAUAUUAAAUUAGUUUUCUCGUAGUUUUAAUUUUCUUGAACUUUCAAAUCGAUAAUAUUAUUCCAAAAACUUAACAAUAAAAAUAAAGCCUCAGAUGUCAAAAAUUAUAAACGGGCUGUUGAUCAACGUAUUAAUUUUUACUAAGUUAAAAUUCUUUGUAAUAAUUUCUAUUUUAGAUGUUUUGUUUUGUUUUUGUAUAACGACACUAAGUUUUUUUGUUGUGAUUUAUAUUUUACCAUAAUGUUCUAUAAACUACCUAUGUACUUAUUUUUAAUUACGUCGUUUGAUUCAUGAACCUAUCUCUAUAUUAUGUAAUGUACUUCUUUUUCUUCUCAUUUCGUGUAAUUUAUUAAUUAAGUAUUUUUCAUUUGUACAUUCGAAUAAGAAUUUUUUUAUGUUACCAUUUUGAAAAAAUGCGACAGCUAAGGAUAGUUUAGCAUUAAAAACAUGUAUUUUAUGAUGUAGUUAUAAAAAAUUAUUUAAUUUGUGAUACUUUUACGUAACUUUGUUACAAUCAUUGUUUUAAAUGUAGUGUACCUAUGGUUUUCAUGUUCCGUUGUUUGAAAAAAAAUUACAGAAGGGGAAACCCUUCUAGAUUAAUACAAUUCCUUUCUUUCCUCUUUUUUUUUUUUGCAUGUACCUAAACCUACACGAACAAUAUUAGAGAUUCAUUGUGUACGAUGUAGAGAACAUAAUGAUGGUGUACUUAUUUGGGAAAACGUUGUUUUUUUUACCGACAUACUCAUCGGAUUUAAAAGAAAUAUCCUACUAUAGGUUUGUUUCUAUAGAAAUAUAGCUAUUUUGUAUGCGAAUUGUAAAAUACUCGAUAAUAAAAGGUUUAAAUUUGCAAA